AUGGAUCAACAGGCUCCACUUUCGGAACAAGUAUCCAAUUGGUUGUUUAAUGUAAUCCAGCCCCAAUAUAUUUAUAAACAAAUAGUAUAUGGUCAUGUCUAUCAAUUCUUACAAUUCCACUUAAAGAAGAAUCUUAACUUCAAAAUAAGAACCAAAGUUUAUACAUCAAGUGAAACAGGUCAAUCUGAUCUAUUAAUCAAUUUAUUCGGUACGAUUAAAAUAAAUGAUGAAAUCAGUGUACCUAUAGAAAUUUGGAUUCCAUUAACUUAUCCAUUUAUUGACAAUCCUGUUGAUAAAGGUGUACCUCGAGUAUUUAUUAUCCCUGAUCAUUCCAAAAAUUGGUAUUUAAAACCAGGAAAUCAGGUAGAUAGUCAAGGAAGAUUCUAUCAUCCUUAUUUAUCGGCAUGGUAUCGAGAAUGUAUGGCAAAUAAUCAAGAUUCUUUAAGAAGAUUUAAUUUAUUAGAAUUGAUUAAUAUAACCUAUCAAACAGUUAUUGCUGAACCUCCAAUCUGUUCACAACUUCCAGCAAUGGUUUCACCAAACUUAACAGGUUCACAGUUACCACCAAACCUAACAGGACCACAAUUACCACCAAAGCCUGCAAGAAUACCUACUGUCCAAUCACCACCUACAAGGAUAUCUCCGGUCCAAGCCCCCGCAUUUCCGACAAGAUCUCCAAGCUUAUCUACUUCCAGAAUUACCCCAGUCGUACCACAACAAACUACGGGCCCUCCACCACUUCCUGCGAAACCACCAAAGAUCCAAUCACCCCACCAUACUGGGAAUGGUACUACCAGCAAUACCAUCCCGUUGAAAUAUCAAGCUCCGUUACCAUUACCAAAUCAGGGACCAGAACCUGGGCCCGUUCCCAUUAGACGUCCACUGUCAGAGAAUUUUCAAUAUCCUAGAGAUUCCUCGGCUUCGCCACUUCCUCCUAUAGGUUUCCAAGGUCGUCAACAGCCACCACCCCCACCACCUCCGGCUCCUCCUGCAAAUUUGCAAGCACAGCGUCCCAUGGCUUAUGAGCAUACCCAAGGGAUGCAGCAAUACCAGCAAUACCAACAACACGAACAACAAUACAAACAUCCACAGCACUAUACAGGAAAUAGCAUGAACCAAGCUCAGCAUGCGCCAGUUCCAAAGCCAGAACCGAUUGAUUUGAUGGAUGCAGAAAGCUCGGAGAGACAAAUUUCUCCAAUAGACACCAAACGUCAAGAGAUGUUACAACAACUUUCAAUCAAGAUAAAUUCAUUCCUAACUGAUCCUACUAGUCAAUCAAUCAAUAAUGAAGUCCCUAUUAUAAAUGAACAAAGUAACAAAGUUGAAGCAUUGUAUAAUCAAUUAAGUCAUCAUUAUCAACAAGGUCUUAGAAAUAGUCAGAAUUUAGAUGAUCAUUUAGGAUAUCUUACAUCCCAAUUAACUAAUUUAACCAAUUUAAAUCGCGAUUUAUCAAAAUUGGAUGAAUUGAAUAGUAAUUCUAGAGAUACUGUAUCAACGGGGUUACAGAGUAAGAUUAAGUUAGACGAAUUGGUCAUACCUGAUCUGCCAUUAGUUAAGCAAUUGUAUGAAACUGUGCUGGAGAUUAAGUCGAUUAAGGACACUAUUGCUUUGAUCUCAGGAGGAUUUCAUAAUCAGUCUGAAAUUAUUAAUGAUUCGAGGUUGGAGAUUUGUGUUAAGACGGUGAGAAAUUUGGGUAGAGAAUUGUUUUGGUUGGAAUUAACAAAGAAUGAAAUUGCUGAUAAUAUUAUGCAUUUACGUCAGCACUAA